CAGAGAGGGAAGGAUGGAACAUUUUGUCCAGACCGUGAAAUUAUCACCCUGGGUUUUGCCACGUUCCUGUCUCAGCAGGAGGAACUGAAAUUCAGCAUGGGAGCAGCAAAUGAAACAGCAGUAUCCGAGUUCAUCCUAGAGGGUUUCCCAGAGCUUGGUCAAAGGUUGCAGCUGCUUCUCUCUCUGAUCCUUCUGCUCAUGUACCUGACAACAGUGACAGGGAAUGCAACCAUCAUUUUCCUCGUGCGUGUGGAUCACCACCUGCAAACCCCCAUGUUCUUUUUCAUUAGCAACCUGGCCUUCCUGGAAAUCUGCUUUACAUCCUCCAUAAGCAUCAAAUUGUUUGCCAUCCUGAGUUCUGAUCAGAAAACCAUCUCCCUGAGCAGCUGCUUUGCCCAAUCCUAUUUCUAUUUUGCCCUGGGCGGCACAGAGUGUAUCCUGGUCCUUGUCAUGUCCUUUGACCGCUGUGUUGCCAUCUGCCAACCCCUGCACUACGCUGCCACCAUGCAGCCUCAGCUCUGCCUCGGCCUGGUUGUUGCUGCCUGGGUCAUGGGCUUCACCCUCCUGAGCUACCACCCGCUCUUCCUGUCUCAGCUGUCCUUCUGUGGCUCCAACAGGAUCCCCCAUUUUCUUUGUGAUAACUCCCCCUUAUUCCAGCUGUCCUGCUCUGACACCAGCCUGCUUUGGAAAAUAGACACUGCUUUCAUAUCAUGUGUCGUGCUGGGUUCCUUAGCUUUAAACCUGGCAUUUUACACCUGCAUCCUUUUCUGUAUUCUGCAGCUUCCAGCAGCCUCUGGGAGGAAGAAAAAAGCUUUUACUACCUGUUCUUCCCAU